CACCGUCAUACUAUGGUCAUCUCCCUUCUGUCCCUACUUCUCCUCCUCGUGCUCAUCGUCAUCCCCGUCCGGGCAUACGCCAUCCUCCUCCCAAACAGGCCCAAACCCCGCACAGGCCCAUCCAAGCUCGCCGUCUUCCUCGGCUCCGGUGGACAUACCUCCGAGUCACUGCAACUGCUCCGUGCACUCCCUUUCACACGCUACUACCCAAGGCUGUACAUUACCUCGUCCCUCGAUACCCUCUCCAUCCAAAAAGCAACUUCUCUCGAAUCCUCCCUCGCACCUUCGCUCCCUCCACAUGCGCAGCAACACACCUUUCUAGUCCUACCACGAGCUAGGAGAGUACACCAGCCGUUCUGGGCUACCCCACCUACGGCUAUAUGGAGCCUCGUUGUAGCUGUGUGGGAGCUGAGCAUACGUCCUGCACUGAGAGGGCAGGCAUGUUCCGACUUGCUAUUGCUUAAUGGACCAGGAACAUGCGUGCCCCUCCUCGCAGCAGUGUACACAAGCAAAUUCCUGGCACUCCCAGCACCGAGAACGAUAUACGUCGAGUCCUUCGCCCGCGUCUCCUCUCUGUCGCUCAGUGCAAAACUCGUGCGGCCAUUCGUAGACCGAUUUGUAGUUCAGUGGCCGCAAGCGAUGGGUAAGGGCAGAGGAGAGUGUAGGGGAUGGUUGGUCUGACCAGUGGGGGAUGCUGACGCUGUAGAAAUAGAUAAUCGAGCAACUUGGCC